GACAUCGAUUUUGGUCAAAACCAUCACCCCUGCCUGGCAACAGGACAGCUGAAACGCUAUUGGUUAAUUUGCAUAUUCCGAGUUACAUUGAAUGCCUCAUCCUGUUACAGCUGCGUCACAAUCUCCGUCUCUGUAGUUCGCUACCGACUCUCUUCAGUCUGAGUGAACUUCACUGUGUUUCAGCUGGGGAUCCUGUGUCCACGCUCUCUGCUCUCUUGUUAUCUUGGCUUUUUCUAGACUUUGCCUUUAUCUAUAUAAACUCUUUUAAAUACCCUAUCACUAUUCUGUCACUAUUCUGCAUAUCCUCAAUCUUUAAUCCUCUAAUUUUUUUGUCACAUCUUUUUUUUUUUUUUUUCUGCUUCAUCUCCACUCUGAUUUUCUGCUAUACCUCCUUUCAGGUGAAAAGUGCCUAUUUCUCAGCGAAUAAGUGCUGCAGGUGAAAAGUGCCUGGUCUUUGUUCGGAAAACUAUAUACGAAACCCAACUAUAAGACCUGUGAAAGAUACCAGAUUUCAAAUAUAUAAGAUCCAACUGAUUGUUUGACCAAACUUCUGUCAGGUUAAAAGUGCCUGAGGCAAAUACGUGCCAACAAUCUUGCUUGAUUCCAAAGAUACCAGAUUUUGUAUUGUGUCUAAAUCUGAAGUCUGAAGAAUGCCUAGGAAGAACCAGCGUUCCCAGUCCCAGAAGGCCCGAUGGAAGAACGUGAGAGAAGGUGCAGCUGCCGGUGAAAAAGAAGCUCCUCAGAUCGUGAACCUGGUAAACGUGUCUGCUGAGAGUCCAGAGGUCCUACAUGGUGGUCAACAAUUACAGAAAGGUUCAUAUGCUGAUGCUGUGAAGAAAGGAUGUCACCCUGAUAGUUUCAGUGAAGUAGAACACAUUUCUGAUGGAGAUACUUUCUCAGCUGUAGUUCACCAUGAUGCUACUCACAAACCUCCAUUUGCUCGGAGACAGCAGGUACACCAGACUGAACCAGAAGAACCGAGUGCUGGACCAUCUCAUGUGGACAAGAUGAAGCUGAAACUGCAACCAUCUGUCAAACAUGUUUCUGCAUCUUACAGCCAAAGUUCUCUUAAAUAUGGUACAUUUAGGAAUACACAGUGUACAGCUAACAGUCAGGUGUUUUUGGCAUUUCUGUAUGAAAAUGAGAACAUUACUAGAGCAGAUCUUGACCAUGUUUUAGAUAAAGGUGAUGCGGUGUACAGACAGGUCAGACUAAGGUUUCCAACCAGUGUUUUUCUGGCCACCGAUGAGUUACCAGAGGUAGUACCUGCACGUAGAUCUACAUUGUAUGUGAACAUGACUCUACCUGCCAUUUAUGGAUCAUUUCUAGGAGGAACCAACCUUCCCAGCCUUGAAGAAGGACUCAGCCACCUGUCUUCUGAUGUCCAGUAUGCUCUGCUGAUCAUGUCAGGUUUGACUGUUGCAGUUUUCCGAUGUAGAUCACAUGAUAACUACAACUACGGCUUCUUUGAUCCUCAUUCCCGUACUGCUGAAGGGUUACCAUCUGCUCUUGGUACCGCUGUGAUGUUGAAAUUCACAUAUCUAACUGACAUGAUUGACAGGAUCAAACUCUGCCACACCAAGUUUGACUCACAACCUUCCACCCUGUAUGAGCUGAAGCCUGUCGAGUUUUCCAGUGUGAACACAGACGGCAGGAGAAACGUGUUGGACUGCAGACCAACUGUUGCUGAGUCACAUGGAGCUGCUGAUGGGUCAACCUCACAUCCAGCUGCUGACCAGCCUCUGAACAUCUCUCCACCCAUGUCCACAUCUGCUAUCAUCUCGGAAGAGUUAUCUGCUGGUAAUGUCACCUCAACUGUGCAGCAGGUAGGACUCAUGAUGUCUGAGACUACAACUGAACAUGAACCUUCAGGUGAAUCUACUUCAUCACAUGAUGUUUCUGUCACUGACAGAAAUCUAGACACUAAGGUAAUCCAGACCACUGUCAAAGAUCAUCCUGAUCCUGGACUUACAGAAACCUCCAUUAAUUUUUCAAGGCUUAGUAAGUCAGAAAGACGAAAAAUGAGGAGAAGAUUGAUAAACUCCAUGAAAAAAGGCCAGAAACAGGAGGAUAAAAAUAGUAAAGAAAGAGAAAAAUAUAAAAACAAUCCUACUUUCAGAGAAAAGAAAACUCUGCAGAGUCAAAAGAAUUAUUCUGAGAACAGCCAACUUCGAGAAAAAAAGAAACUGAAUAUGAAGACAUAUUUUAAGAAUUGUACUAUUAAAAAUGUAGACUUUCAACAAAAAAGAAUACUGUACAUUAGAGAUCGUUACAGACAAAAUGAAGAGUUCAGACAAAGUCGGAGAUCUUGCAUGAAGGAGAGAUCUCAUCAACAUUACAGACAAAACGAACCGUUCAGACUGAAAAAAAAAAUGUAUUUAAGAAAUCGUUACAGGCUAAAUGAAGAGUUCAGACAAAGACAGAAAAUGUAUUUAAGAAACCGUUACAGGCUAAAUGAAAAGUUCAGACAGAAACAGAAAUCUUACAUGAAGCAGAAAUCUCAUCAACGUUAUGAAAAUGACAGUUUUCCGUUUGAGACACAGACAGUUUAUGAAACGGAUGAUGAGAGACAGAUACAGAAGUAACUGUGCAUUUAGACGGAUGCACAACCUCAGAUGUGCCAUGAUAAUAAGAAAAAAGUACAGACAGAUGAAGAGACCUACACAGACUGUAGAAACAGAGACGGACAACAGUUUGAUUAAAAAUGCCAUUUCUGUCUUCAGGUCCAACAUUCAAGCCGGACCUUCUUAUGUUUGCACUGUGUGUCAUAAAGCCUCGUUUCCAAACCAGGUCCUAGUCUGCAGAAGGUCCAGUUAUGUAACCAACACAGCAGUCAUUGAACCGUGCCUGACAGGUAAAUAUGUCCACGUGUGUGAAGGUUCCUGCAGAGACCAACCAUGUUUAGUUCCUAGUGAGAGACGUAAGGAGUGGAUUUGUCACACGUGUCACAGUUAUGUAAAAAAAGGUGCUGUACCAGCUCUAGCUGCUGUCAACAACCUAGAACUGACAGAGAUUCCUGAUGAACUGAAAGACCUGAACAUCCUGGAGAGACAUCUGAUCUCUAGGUGUAUUCCUUUUGCUAAAAUAAUUCCUCUUCCUAAAGGCAGACAAAGACUGAUUCGUGGCAAUGUAGUGUGUGUUCCCUCACAGGUGCAGGAAACAGUGGAAGCUUUACCCAGACUAAGAAACGAGUCUCAGGUGAUGAGAGUGAAACUGAAGAGACGCUUGUGUUACAAAGGUCAUCAGCUGUUCCAGACGGUAACCUGGUCUAAACUUGUACGAGCGCUGCUCAAACUAAAACUUGUACACCCACAAUACCAGGACAUAACUAUCAGAGAUGAAGCUGAACUCUGUGACCCCACACUUCCUGAUGAGGAGGAGGAUGAUGAGGAUGAUAGGAUGGAUGACGGUGAUUAUGAUGAAGCAGAUUUAAUGGAGAUAGACAUGUGUGAGAAAAGUGCUAUGUGUGAGUCUGAACGUGAAGUUGAGAGGUUAAGUGAUGAUGAUGAACCAGCACAGCAGCAGAGAAAUGAUGAUGAUGAAGAGAAUGAGCUGCCAAACGGAGGCUUUGCUUUGGAAUCCUGUUUGCAGGUGCCAGACAUUUCAGAAGAGAUCAUGUGUUUCUCUGAUAACACCUAUUGUGUUGCUCCCGCAGAAAGAAACAGUCCUGUCAGCUUCUUCAGAACCCCCAAACUGGAGGCCAUGGCGUUCCCGGUGCAGUUUCCUACUGGUCAGAACACGCUGGACGAACACAGACGUAUUAAAGUCACACCCAGUGGUUAUUUCAAGGCUAGACUUUUUAACACAGAUGAUCGCUUUGCCAGAGACCCAACAUAUCUGUUUUUUGCCCAGUUUGUGACUGAGAUCCACCUAGCCAACUCCAGCAUGAUGGUACAGCUGAGAAAAGGUAAAACUCUGACUAGAGAUGGACGUAGGAUAACCUCAGCUAUGUUGCAGGACAAACAAGAGGUUGAGAGACUUGUGAGGAAUAAAGAUGCCAUCAGGUUCAUGCAGCCCCUGAGAGGAACUCCAGCCUACUGGCACAAAACCACCAGAGACCUGUAUGCCAUGAUUCGACAGUUAGGAACGCCAACUUUCUUCUGUACAUUUUCAGCAGCAGAGAUGAGGUGGCCUGAAGUCAUUACAGCUGUUAAGAGACAACAGGGUGAACAGGUUGACUUUGAAGCUCUAGACUGGUCAGAAAAGUGUGAGAUCCUCAGAUCCAAUCCAGUGUGUGUGAUGAGGCUUUUUGACAAACGGGUUGAAUGUCUUUUCAGGGACUUGUUGUGUUCAGAUGCUCAGCCUUUAGGAAAGGUCAUUGACUUCUUUUACAGAGUAGAGUUUCAGCACAGAGGGAGUCCCCACAUACACAUGAUGCUCUGGAUUGAUCAGGCCCCACAGGUGGAAGUAAACAGUGAUCAGACUGUGUGUGAUUUUGUUGACAGGUACAUCUCAGCCCAACUUCCUGACCCAAGCACACAACCAGAACUUUACAAGAAGGUGACAGAGGUGCAGAAACACAGCAAGAACCACACUAGAACUUGUUUCAAGAGCGUGAACUCUGGGUGCAGGUUUGGUUUUCCUAAACCACCAUGUAGACAAACCAUGAUAACAAGACCUGAUGAAGAUGACCACACCAGUGCUGCCAAGGAGAAACUCAGACCUCUGUACCAGCUCCUGAUCGACCCUCAAACUGCUUCUUUGUCCUUGGACCAGCUCCUGGCUCAAUGCAACCUGACGAUGGCAGAGUAUGAAGGCUACCUCCACAGCAUGACCAGAAAAACGGCUUUGGUCCUGAAACGUCAGCCUAAAGACUCGUGGAUAAACAAUUACAAUCCACAUCUGCUUGAAGCCUGGGACAGCAACAUCGACGUGUCCUACAUCCUCAACGCUUACUCCUGCAUCGAGUAUCUGACCAAGUACAUCACUAAGAAGGAGAGCGGCCUGUCUGACUAUCUGAAAACUGUGAUGGAUAAUGCUCACAUGGACCGGGUGAACGAGUGUGAUGAGAUGAGAGCGGUCAUGCAGGCUUAUUCAAAAAAGAGAGAGAUUAGUGCUCAGGAGUGUGUCACGCGUGCUUGUGGUUUACACAUGAAAAAAGGUUCUCGUGCAGUUGUGUUUGUACCUACAGAUGACAACCCAGUCCGCAUGAGUCGACCUCUCUCGUUCCUGGAGAACACCACAGACGACUGCUGCAACAUCUGGAUGACCAGUCUGAGUGACAAAUACAAGGCCAGACCGGAGACAGCGGAGUACGAGGGCAUGUGUUUGGCUGAUUUUGCUUCAACAUGCAGGUUUGUCAGUGCUAACAAGUCAAAGAGUAAGAAUGUUUUACCACUCCUCAAUGACUUAGGGUUUGUGCAGAGACGGCGAAAUGACAAAGCAGCUGUCAUCAGAUAUUACCACUGUUCACAGGAGAAACACCCAGAGCAGUUUUACGGUAGACUUCUGAAACUGUAUGUUCCUCAUCGCUCAGACUCAGAGCUGAAGUCAGAGCACUUCCCAACCUAUCAGUCCUUCUACCAGUCUGGCGUGUCGUAUCUGCCGGGAUCCGAAGACUAUGAGUAUGUGAUUGACAUCGUCAAACGAAACAGAAAGAGGUAUGAGAAGAACAGUGAGGAGAUUGAGAACGCUCUGCAGGAGUUUGAAGACAACGGAGACCAGGCGGUUGAUGAGUGGUGUAAUCUUGCUCCUGAAUCUGAUGUUGUGAGGGUGCAGUGUGAUGAUGACUUGCAGGCAGAUGAGGCUGACAACGAACAGGAAAAUGUCCCAGACUACAACCCUCAGUCUAACGCUGGAACAGAAGUCAGAGCCUUCAGAGAGCCUUCCUCCAUUGACCCAGCAGUUCUACGUGGUAUGUAUCAGACCCUGAACCAGAAGCAGGCCUGUGUGUUCUAUGCAGUCAGAGACUGGUGCAUCAAACGUGUGUGUCAACUGGAUCCAGAGCCGUUCUUCCUUUUUGUUAACGGUGGUGCAGGAACAGGUAAAUCUCAUCUGAUCAAAUGCAUUUACUCAGAAGCCUCUAAGAUCCUGAGGAAACUACCAGCACGUGCAGAGGAGGCCGACAUCUCAAACCCAACUGUCUUGCUCACUGCUUUUACUGGUACCGCUGCCUUCAACAUCUCAGGAACAACCCUCCACUCUCUCCUGAAGCUGCCUAGAAGCCUGAAACCUCCUAUCUGUGGACUUGGUAACCAGCUGGAUGAGGUCAGAGCUGAGCUUUUCAACGCUGAAAUCCUGAUUAUUGAUGAGAUUUCCAUGGUGUCAAGGCCUCUGUUUGCUUAUGUAGAUGCAAGGCUGAAACAGAUCAAAGGCAGUCAGAAACCCUUUGGAGGAAUGUCAGUUUUAGCCGUUGGAGAUUUCUAUCAGCUGCCACCAGUGCGACAGUCUAAACCCCUGUGUGUGUUUCAGCCGUCAGACAUUGACCUGUGGUGGCAACAUUUCCAGGUGGUCACUCUGACGGACAUCAUGCGGCAGAAAGACGACGUUGCCUUUGCAGAGCUGCUGAACAGACUUCGGGUGAAGGAAAAGACGGAGGAGUUGUCUCAGGAAGACAGAGAUUUGUUGUCUCAGACCAUCACUGAUGCUUCUCGUUGUCCCACUGAUGUUCUGCACAUUUUUGCCACCAACAAGCAGGUCGAUGAACACAACUGUGCAACACUCACUCUGCUCCACCCAGACGUGAUCAGCAUCGAUGCAGACGACUUCCAGAAAGACCCACAAACAGGCAGAAUGACCCGACAGGACAAACCAGGUAAAGGAGGCAGAAACGAGUUGGCAGACACUCUGAAGGUCGCUGAGGGAGUUCGAGUCAUGCUCACCAGAAAUAUCGACAUCCAGAACGGACUGGUCAACGGUGCAUUUGGUAAGCUGCUGAGAGUGGUAAGUUCUGGUAACGACCAACACAUCAUCAAACUUGGUCUCAGAAUGGACAACCAGGUGAGAAACAACCAGACUGGAGCUGCAGAUGACCUGGUCUACAUCGAGAGAGCAGAGGAGAACCUGAAACAGAGGAGGGUGGUCCGAAGACAGUUUCCUGUAAGACUAGCCUUUGCCUGCACCGUGCACAAGACUCAGGGCCUCACGACCAGUGCUGCUGUGGUGUCACUGAAGAACAUCUUUGAACCAGGUAUGGCUUAUGUAGCUCUCAGCAGGGUGACGGCUCUCAGUGGUCUGUAUCUACUGGACAUGGAUGAGAGGAAGAUCUAUGCCAACCCAGAAAUCACUGCAGCUCUGCACACAAUGAGACCAGCACAGGUAGACCACACAAUGCCUCUUCUGCAGGUGAGAGAAGCAGUGAGCAGACCCCACACUCUGACUAUUGUCCACCACAACACAGAGGGACUUCCAUCUCACAUCAGCGACAUCAGGAGUCAUCAUGAAAUGUGUCUAGCAGAUGUUUUGUGUCUCACUGAAACCCACCUGCAAGGCUCUUUUGUUGCAGAAAGUCUCCAGCUGGACGGCUACGCCAUGUUCAGACGUAACAGACACGUGUCCUACACUAACCUUCCUCACAUGGCCAGCAGAGGUGGAGGAGGAGUUGCUGUUUAUGUCAGAAACUACAUCCAGGUCCAACACAAACAGUAUUUACACAAUGUGACUGAUCUUGAGUUUGUGGUUUUGAAGCUUCAGGCUCCGUUCCAGGCUCUGAUAGCAGCUGUUUACAGACCUCCAGACUACAGUGUCUCAGUAUUCCUGCAGAACCUGGUAAGUCUUCUGGACUCUCUGGAGGUGAUGGACUGUCAUCCAAUCAUUGUGUCAGGUGACUUCAAUGAGAAUCAGCUGCUCAUUGUACGAAAGCCCAUUGUGGAGAUGUUUCAGUCUAGAGGGUACAAACAACUGAUCACUUCUGCCACCACAGAGAAGAACACGCUGCUCGACCUCAUUUUCAUUUCUCAGCCACAGCCAUGUCUCAGUUCUGGUGUCCUGAGGACCUACCACAGCUACCACAACCCUGUUUUCUGUGUCCUGUCCUUCAGCCAGACGUGAACAAGCCAGGUGAGCUUUAAAUGUGCUGAAAUAUGAGACCAAACUGUGUUAGUGCUGCAGGAAGGAAGACCGUAAAUGUGAGUAUUUGGGAUCUAAACGCUGAACUUGUUUGAACUGCUGGUAUCAUGUUUGUAAAAUACUUUAACAAAAGACUCAAAGGGAACAAAAGAUUUAUUCUGCUCAGUCAUAAAUAUAUUUUUACAAGUCAAUUUAAUAGAAUAAAUUUUACAGAUUGUUUUUUAAGAGUAUCAAAUAUAUUCUGAUUUUUAUUGCAGAUCAUUGUUUUAUUAGAUAAUCCAACAUUCUAUUUAAUUUUUUUAGAUGUUAUCCAUAAUGACAAAACAUAAGAAGUAAUAAUAUAAGGAUAAUUAUGAAUUGAAGCCAACUAAAUAUGUAUUUUUUAAUAGACAAACAUACUCAGAUUAAUAUUUUUUACUGAUAAUUAUGUUUUAUUAGAUAAUCAAACAUUAUAAUUAAUAAUGUUUCUUUGAGCAGAUAAUGUUAAACAUACUUGAUUUUAAUAUUAGACUACAAUCAAAUCCGUUUAAUUUUAAUAAUGUUUUAAUAGAGAAUCAAAACAAUCAGGUGAACAUCUUUUCCAGAUAAUCAUGUUGAUACAGAACUGUGAGCUCGUUGGUUCUGUGCAUUUAUCCGGGUGGGUCUGGGUCAGGGAGGAUAAAUGCACAGAACCAACGGUUGAAGAAAAGCUAGAUGACAUUUACUGCAGCAGGACAACAUCAGAAGUCUGGUGUCCAUGUGCUCUCCAGACUUCUGAUGUCCCACCAACACAGACCAGCUGACAGCAGCCCCCACUAGGGAAGAGCAGUGGGGGGGUUAUCCGGGAGGGGAGUGGGGGGGGGGGCAUACUAUAUAGAUGUAUUUCCUUGGAUGUUUUUUUUUGUUUUUUUUUCUUCAACUAUCUGAAAUAUCUGGGUUGUUGACAUGUUCUCCUGUGAGAACGUCUAGCUUCACUAAGUGCAGCUGCAGCAGCGACUGCACACUUUCCACCAUCUUGAUCAAGAUCAGAUCCAAACUAGACCACAGUUGUUGGACCACAGAGAAAGGCUCUAGGUCCUGCCCUCUCAGUCCUCCUUCAAAGCAGAAGAUGAGCUGGAACCCUCCAGCCUUCACCUGGGAGCAGAGACACAACACAGCCUAACAAGAACAGAGAAGAACAUCACUGCUGGACCACAUGAGCUCCUCCAACAGUGUCAGAAGGUUCUUCACAGCACUGCUGAGACCUUCAGUCCUGAACCGGUAACUCUUCUCAAGUCUUCCUAACCAAAUGGGAGUGAAGAUUCUCUGGACAGCAGAUGUGUCCUGCAGCACUGUUGAAGACAUGGUGCUGCAGGGAAACCAUCGUCUUCACACUGUUCUAGUCGUCUCUGUUCUGGAUCAGAACCUCCAAACAAGGCUGAAAGAUCUUCAUUCAAACAAGUUCAAGGAGGCAUCAGCUCAUCAUCUGAAAGUGGAAGCGGUCACAUGGUGAACAUACUUUGGAUCUUUGAUUUGAGCCUCUACAGACAAAAUCAUGAACAGAAAACUAAACAGUUAUGGAUAUUUCAGAGUUUUUUUUCUUUGAAGACUGUUGGAAAUUGUAGAAACUGGAUUCACAUGUUUGUUAUCAUACUUGAUCACAUUGUGGAUGUUUGGGAACUUCUCAAUAUCACUCUCCUACUUUUAGAAAAGUUUAAAAAAAAACUGUGCACCAUUCAAAAGUCUGCAAAGUCAGACAUCCAAAAGUGAAUUGGAAAGACAAAAUCUGAAUGUGUCUGAGACUCUAGAGUGAAGCACAGGAAUCCUGCCUCACUGUGGCUGUCAGCUGGUACCUAGAGAUCACAGGUUUACAUUUGUGCUCUAAUGCUGGACCGUCUAAAGCCAGUAGAGACGUUAGUCACAGAUUCAACUGCAGAGUUAGUUAGUCUGGGUACUAUGGGAAACACAACUCACUUACUUUCAGUCAGUUAUGUAUAUAUCUGCCAUUCUCCAUUCUUGUGAAUAUAUAGACAGAUACAUAUUUACUUUGUAGAAUAAUAUUUCAACAUCACGCCUGAUAACCAAAGAACCAGUAAGUCAUGCAUUAUUUAUUUUAUUUAUAUAUAUAUAUAUAUAUAUAUAUAUAUAUAUAUUUCUUUAGUGCUUAUAUGAUGCUAUUCUACUGUCUUUUGUUUUGUCUGUUCUUUUAGUUAUGACUCUGCUGUAGUUUAAAUGUUUAUUUUUAUUCUAAGAUAGAUUUUCUUGUUUUUAUUAGUCAAAUGUGAAUUUCUCUUGUUUUAUGCUGCACAGCACUUUAGAUAACUGAGGUUUUUAAAUAUUAAUAUAGAAAUGAACAUGAACUGAAUUGAUUCAUCCUUAAAUCAUUACAAAGGGUUAGAAAUUGUUGCUUACACUUAUUUUUUGGUAUCUUUCUUUUUUUUUUUAAUUUUCCGUGUGAUUUAUGUUCAGGUCACUGAAAAAGCACUUUAAUAUUUUUUUUGAUUGUUAACUUGUUUAUUUAUUUAGAUACAAGUAUUUAAAAUUGUGUUUUUAGGAUAAAAUCCUUUUUUACUUUAAAGUGUUCAGUAUGUAUGAACAUAAGAUCAAAAGUCUGCCAUUCUCCAUUCUUGUGAAUAUUCUAUCAGACGUUUUCUGUCCUCAGUAUUUAUGUUUUUACAAAUCUGUUCUUUGGACAGGAUUUUAAAAAGUUGUGUUUUUCACGCGAUAAAACUAUCAAAGUAAUCACUGAAUGUGAUAAUCAUAUAGACACAUACAUAUUUACAUUGUAGAAUAAUAUUUUAACAUAUCACGUCUGAUAACCAAAGAACCAGUAAGUCAUGCAUUAUUUAUUUUAUUUCAUAUAUAUUUGUUUCUUUAGUGCUUUUAUGAUGCUAUUCUACUGUCUUUGUUUUGUCUGCACAGCACUUUAGAUAACUGAAGUUUUUAAAUAUUAAUAUAUAAAUGAACCUAAAUUAAAUUAAAUUAUCCUUAAAUCAUUGCAAAGGGCUAGAAAUUGUUGAUUACUUUUUUUGGUAUCUUUUUAUUUUAUUGUCAUGUCAUUUAUGUUCAGGUCACUGAAAAAGCACUUUAAUAUUUUUUGGGUUGGUUUGUAUUUAGAAUUGUUAUUUAUGAUUUUUUUUUUAUCUUUAGAUUGUCAGUAUGUAUUAGAAUAAGGGCAAUGGUAAUGUUUGUGUUAACAAUUUCAAAUUUUAUUCACGUUUUUCACUUUUUACUAAAGUCUAUUUUUUAUUGGGAUGUUGUAAGGUCUUAGAAAUUGUUUACACUUUUAUUUUUGAUAUCUUUCACUUUAUUGUCAUGUCAUUUAUGUUCAGGUCACUGAAAAAGCACUUUAAUAUUUUUGGUUGGUUUGCUUCUUUAUUUAUUUAGAUAGAAGUAUUUAGAAUUGUUAUUUAGGUUUUUUUUUUUUUACUUUACUAAGGUCAAAGGUACUUGUAAUGUUUGUGUUAACAAUUUCAAAUUUCAUUCAUGUUUUUCACUUUUACUAAAGUCUUUCUUUAUUGGAAUGUUGUAAGGUCUUUGAAAUGAAUGCAUUAAGAAUGAUCAACUUGUUGUCAUGGAGUUAAAUAUCUAUAACUUUGUCUAUAACCUUUUUCUAUUUUUCUACUUAGGUUUAUAUUUUCUUUUUCAGUAAAAUGUUAAAGUUCUGCUGAAACAAGAGACAAAACAACCUGAUUGAUGUUUUAUUCUUGGCAUUAGAAAAUUAAGUCUGAAUAAUUUCAGUAAAGCAUGAAUCUAUUUCUAUGUAUAAUUGCUCAUUACACACACACACGUGCAUACACACAAUAAAUAAAAAAAUGCUUAAUGUU